AUGGGCAGAAAACAACGCAACCAAUCUCCUCCUCCCGCACCGGGCCCUGCAGCCGCCGCCGAAUCGUCCGACGCCGCAGCUCCCGAACCACGACCGCCAGUCCAAGUCCUCUACUGCGCAGUCUGCUCCUGGCCUCCUGAAUAUUGUGAAUUCGGAUCCCACUUUACAAAGUGCAAAGAAUGGCUGAAGGAUAACCAUUCGGAUUUGUUCGACAAGUACUACUCUGAGGAUAAUCUCGCUGCGAGAUUGGGCACGAUCAGCUUGGAAGCACAGGCCAAACUCGAGAAGGACACUGCAAAGAAGGAGGCUAAAGCUGAAGCAAAGGAGAAAGCCGAACUCCAGAAAAAGCUCGCUUCUCAUGUCAUUAUCAAACGAGUCGAGCGCACAAAACGCAAACACGUCACCGUCAUCCACGGUCUCGACAAAUUCUCCAUCGACCUCAAAAAAGCAGCCAAACAGUUCGCUUCCAAGUUCGCCACCGGCGCUUCUGUCACUAAGAACGCAGCUGGCGAGGACGAGAUCGUCGUUCAGGGAGACGUCUCUGAUGAAGUGUACGAUAUGAUCCAGGACGGAGUGGGUGUUUUGAAGGGUAUCCCAGGCGAUAACGUCGAGAUCGUUGAGGAUAAGAAGAAGAAAGGAGAUUGA